AAGUGUAAUGAGAAGAUCACCGAGGGUGCAGCUACUCUAUCAUCACUAUUCUCCCUUCUGUCAUCCCUAGGAUUAUAUUAUUUGUGCACAUCUGAAUAGAUAAAAUCUCUUUGAUAAAGCGAUGUUUUUUUUCUCAGAGGUGGUGUUUAUUUGAGAAAGCACAAUCUGCAUGCACAACACAACACAGCAUGCCUGUGUGAGCUGAGAUAUUAACACUUAUUUCUGAGGCUAAGAAGUAGCCGUCCAGCACAUGGGAGUGGCUUUGGAUCCUGUCAUAUCAUCAAAGCUCUGUGUAGAAGAAUGGCCACCAGACGUGCUCAUACUGAGGAUGACCUUUCCUGCCCAGUGUGUGGACAUAUUCUAAGUCAGCCUGUGGUGCUCACUUGCAGACACAAAUUCUGUAAAGCCUGUCUGAAAGACAGCUGGGACACACAAGACAGUGGGGAUUCACAUUCACACUACUGUCCUCUUUGCUGGCGCCGUUCCUCUAUGGAUCAAAUAGUCGUGAGCACUGUGCUCGAGAAGGCCUGUGAAUCCUUCAAGAAGGACAGAAGCAAGAAUGACCCAGAGGCUUGCAAAGAGCAUGGAGAAAAGCUCACACUCUUCUGUGUGGAAGACUUAGAGCCAAUUUGUGGUCUAUGUGGGAAAGCAGCUGCACACUCUGGGCACCGGCUUUAUGCCAUCGGGGAAGGUGCCCAUGACUGCAAGGAGGAACUAAAGAGUGCACUCUUGCCAUUGAAAGAGAAAUUACAGCUGUACAAGAAGACAAAAAUGGUCUGUGAGGAAAUGGCAGAACAUGCCAAGAACCAAGCUGAACAGACUGAAACACAGAUCAAACAGGAAUUUGAAGCCCUUCACCGUUUCCUUAAAGAGCAGGAGGCUGCCAGACUUUCUGAUUUAAAGGCUGAGGAGGAUCAGAAGAACUUAAUGAUUAACCAGACGAUUGAAGAGAUCAAUGGUGAAAUGGCAUCUCUUUCCAACACCAUCAAAUUAGUUGAACAGGAGAUGUCAACUCAAGAUAUCCCAUUUCUUAAGAAAUACAAGGAAACAAUAAGGAGAACCUGGCAAAGUUCUCCCGAUCCACAAAUGGUAUCUAGUGCUCUGAUUGAUGUGGCCAAGCACUUGGGCUCUCUGAAAUAUAAAGUGUGGGAGAAGAUGAAGAGGAUAGUCAAAUACACUCCUGUGAUUCUGGAUCCGAACACAGCAGCUAGCUGCUUCAUCAUCUCCGAGGAUCUCGCAGUUGUGCAGAACUCUACCCAGAUUUUCAAGCUCCCAGACAACCCAGAACGUUUUGACGUCAGUGCUGAGAUGCUGGCCGCUGAGGGCUAUUCCUCUGGACGCCAUAGUUGGGAUGUAGAGGUGAAUGACAACACCUACUGGGUGGUCGGGGUAGCCAGUGAGUCAAUCAACAGGAAGGGUAAACACAUUCUAACACCAGCAGAGGGAUUCUGGACUAUAAGGUUUCGCAAUGGAGAGCAUAAAGCCUGCACAGCACCGUGGGAGCCGCUCAACAUGACCAAGAAGCCGGAUGUGAUAAGAGUGGUUUUAGACAUGGACAGAGGCAAGGUGACCUUUUACGACCCUAGACAGAGAACACCCCUCUACACCUUCACAGAUGUUGUCACGCCUAGAGCCUUUCCUUACUUUUGCACUGCUUGCAAAGAGCAUCCACUGAAAAUUCUACCCUCACAGAUAUCCUUAUCAACAGAACAGUAAAUCAACUUGAAGACAUUAUGAAAUUGUUCUGUAAACUCUGAGGCUCUUCAUAAUGAUCCAGGUUACAGUAGGAUAUUAAAGUAACCUUUAAUUGCUUUAAACAGACACAGUUUAAAAUCUUUCAUUUGAGUUAAAAAAUUUCCAACAGAUCCAUGAUUGUGAAUAUCUUCCCAAGCUUUACAACUACAUCUUACAACAGUAAUGAGAUUUUUUACACAAUAACAGUUACUAUAUGUGACCUAGUAUCGUAUGAUGAAAAUAUCACUUCUGUGAUUUCGACACACAGUUAAGCUCAUAUUAAAAAAUAAAGUCAUUAAAUACAGAUCUUAGUUUCUUAGUUUCAUAAAAGGCACAUAAAACAGCAAUGCUGGCAUAUUUGUAAACAAGUGUCCUCAGAAGUUCAGAUUUGACAAGUGGGAUUAGUUUCCCAUUGCAAUAAACAUGUCAAAGAUAAAAA